CACACAUUCUUGCGAGCUUGAUGUGACCGAAAACACGGAGGAAAAAAGAUGUCUUUCAGUCAGGACACAGUCUACUUUAUGCAUCGGAUGUAGGUCUGACAAACAGUUGCGAAAGGAGACUUGUUGAGAUUUAAAAAAAAAAAAGAAGAAGAAGAAGAAGAAAAGAGAAAAUGUGAUGAUGGUGUUUAUUUCAGGCAAAAGUUUCACGACAAUGUUGCGGUUUUUAACUCCGCUGCUCCUUGCAGUGUUUUCACAGUCAACUGCUGCUAAUUGGAAUCAUCCACUAGCUGUUGUUCACCAGGGAGGUUCAACGCAUUGGGCGAGACAUGGGCGCUCUUUUCGACCAACACGGGAAACGGAGCCAUUGAUUGUACCGGCUCGAGCCCCGAGUGUCCAUCUAACACAGGAGGAGCUCCAAAAGCUACGCUUCAAACCAACAGUGGGCACUAUCAAGCGGUCAGAGGGGAAAGAAGUCAAAUUUAACUGCUCCAUAGACAUUAAUGAUCUGAGCCAGGACCUGAAUAUUCUGUGGUUUAGGAAUGGCAAAGAAAUCCUUGAUGGCAUGCAGGCACAUGUGUACACUUUGCAAGGGACUGUCACCUUGUUGUCCACUGUAAGCAUAAGCAACAUCCAGAGAACAGAUGCUGGCGAGUAUCACUGCCGACUUAGUGUCAGCAACAAGAUCAUUGAGUCAAAUCCCAUCUUUUUAGAGGUAGAGGGCCUACCGACCUUCACUAUCCAGCCAAGUGACGUGAACAUCACAAGGAACACUCCUUUCACAUUGACCUGUGAGGCUGUUGGUCCCCCAAAUCCUGUAACCAUCAAGUGGCUUCACAAAGGCAAGAGAUUUCAAGAGCGCAAUGAGUCAUCCAGCACGAUCACCAUUGAAGGUGUAAAUGAACCCACCCUGUACAGCUGUGAAGCUCACAAUGAAAAAGGCCUCACAGUAUCCAGAGAGGCUCACAUCAAUAUCAAAGAGCUUCCUGAGAAAGUGUCUGAGGUCACUGUAGUUAAACGUGAGGCAAAUAAACUCGUCUUGAGCUGGACACCAGGGCACGAUGGCUUCUCUCCUCUGAGCACCUGCUUAAUCACGGUACGAGAGCUUGGUCGAGAGUCGGCCCACCCCACUAUUGUUCGCAAGACAUCGGUACCACCCUUCCAGUAUGAAAUUGGCAACCUCAGAGCCAUGACUUGGUACGACAUGUGCGUGUCCUGCACCAAUGAGAUCGGCUCAUCACCGCCCAGUGCCUGGAUCCAGAGCAACACCACAGGGGGAGUCCCAUCUGAGGCCCCCCAAAAUCUGACAGUUCAUGUCAACAAUUCUAUGUUGAUGAUCCGGUGGGAAGCUCCGCCCCCUGAGAAGCUGAACGGAAUCUUGCAAGGAUAUGAUGUCACUAUCAAACAUGGGACACGGACAAACAAGAUUCACAGCAUGACUACAGAGGCCACAGUUACUCUGCAGGUGUUUAACACCACAUACAGUGUGGAGGUCGUGGCAUGCACUCAGACCGGCUGUGGGACUAAAUCAUCACGCUACUGGCUCUUCAUAGCAGACACAGAAUCUACCGAGUCACCGUUCACGACUCCAGUUCCCAAUCAUCCAGACUCUGCUUAUAUUGUGCUUGGAGUGGUUUGCGGUUUCUGUCUUUUGAUGAUCGUGUUGUUAGUGGCCGUGUGGUUGCGCAAUAGUUCUUAUUUGCGGUUUUUAUAUGGAACUGAUGAUAAACUUACUUCAAUCGUUGAGUUCAGCCCUCAGAGGUCCUAUAACCGCUCCGCUAUCGAAAUCACACUUGCCAGUAUGGACAUCAGUAGCGAGCUUCUAGCUAAACUCCAAGACGUGAUGAUCCUUAGGAACCUGCUGUCCAUCGGUAAAGUCCUUGGAGAAGGUGAGUUUGGAUCAGUAAUGGAGGGACAUCUGAGUCAACCUGAUGGAACCAGUGAAAAAGUUGCAGUGAAGACCAUGAAAUUGGAUAACUUCUCUCAGAGAGAGAUUGAAGAGUUUCUGAAUGAGGCUGCUUGCAUGAAGGAUUUCAACCACCUGAAUGUCAUCAGACUCCUGGGUGUGUGUUUGGAGGUGGGCUCAGGACACUUUCCCAAGCCGAUGGUUGUGCUCCCCUUCAUGAAGUAUGGAGACCUGCACAGCUUCCUGCUCCGAUCCCGUCUCGGGGACAGCCCUGCCUAUCUCCCGACACAGGUGCUGUUGAAGUUUAUGAUUGACAUCGCUUGUGGGAUGGAGUAUCUCAGCAAUAGAAACUUCCUACAUCGCGACCUUGCAGCGCGCAACUGCAUGUUGCGUGAUGACAUGAGCGUGUGUGUUGCUGACUUUGGCCUGUCUAAGAAGAUCUACAGCGGCGAUUAUUAUAGACAGGGCAGAAUCGCAAAGAUGCCCGUCAAGUGGAUCGCUGUGGAAAGCCUCGCCGACAGAGUCUUCACUGUCAAAAGUGAUGUGUGGGCCUUUGGAGUGACGAUGUGGGAAAUAGCCACCCGAGGCAUGACCCCGUACCCUGGCGUACAAAACCACGAAAUUUAUGAUUAUCUCCUUGAAGGCAACCGACUGAAACAACCAAACGACUGUCUCGAUGAACUGUACGACAUCAUGUUCAGUUGCUGGAGCACUGACACGGUGGACAGACCCGAUUUCACACAGGUGCUAGAGAGGCUAGAAACUCUAGCGGGGAAGCUUCCCGAGGUGUGCAACAGGAGAGACAUCAUCUACAUCAACACCAGCUUCACUGAGGAAGAAUUAAUAACUGACACCCCGGAGGAGGAACCCAUCCUUACCUCAUCUCCCUCCUGUAGCCGUCAAAAUGCAGACACAUCCGUCGUGACGGCAGACGUCCACAAGAGCACGGAUGCUGAGGAAGAUGAUCGUUACGUUGUUGUCGUUUCCUCUGUUGAACAUGCGUGGACGGGGGCGAGCAGUGCUGUCGAUACGCCACUGUUGGAUCACGAACUCCUGGUGCGGGACAGUGUGGAAAUAGUCGGGGAAGGUUCAGGGACACAGCAAAUAUCUAGCGACACAACAUGUUUGCUCUAAAGAAGAGGCGAAAGAUGGGAAGAAUGAUCCGAAAAUUGGCUCCCGAGUUUAAAGUGUCAUUUAGGUGCCCACAGUGUCACUAAAUGGAACGGCUAAUAUAAUGACUUUCAAACAGGUUUCCCAAACAUUCUUCCUGUCUUUUAUUGGUCGGACAAACAGGUAGUCCACAACAAACUCACACUAUGUUGGGCUGGCCCAGAUGCUCAAACUAGUUAACAGGAACCAUGUUUUGAUAUGAUUUUAUAGCGUCAGUGUUUACACUUUUCAGGGAAGUCAACCAACAAAUGGCUUACUUAUAGUAUACUCUGCUUAUUCAGCUGGGACACAUAAAAUAACAUAAAUUUGGUUGUUUGUAGUCUGUACCCUUAACAACAAUUUUAACAGCAUUUGUUUUUUUGCUGUUACAUUUUCGAUCCAAAUCUAAUUUAGAUCAAAAUUAUAACAGUGAAAAAAAUUGCACACAAGAGAAUAUCUCAGCUCUGUAGGACUAUACAAAGCAAGUGAAUGGUGACUGGAACUUUUAAGCUCUAAAAAGCACAUAAAGGCAGCAUAAAAGUGAUCCAUAUGACUCCAGUUUUUUUUUAAUCCUGAUGGGGGCAGUGGUGGCUCAGUGGCUGAGGCUCAGGUUUACUGACCAGAAGGUCGGGGGUUCAAGCCCCAGCACCACCAAAAUGCCACUGUUGGGCCCUUGAGUAAGACACUUAACUCCAGGUUGCUCCGGGGGGAUUGUCCCUGUAAUAAGGACACUGUAAGUCGCUUUGGAUAAAAGCGUCUGCCAAAUGCAUAAAUGUAGAUGUAAUCCGUGUCUUCAGAAUUGAUAUGAUAGGUGUGGGUGAGAAACAGAUCAAUAUUUAAAUCGUUUUUUAUGAUCAAUCUCUAGUUUAAUUUUCUUCUUCUUGUUUUUGGUGAAAGACGGAUUUAAACAUUGAACUGUUUGAGCUCACCCACACCUAUCCUAUCUCUUCUGAAGACAUGGAUUUAACCACUGGAGAUGUGUGGAUUACUUUUAUGCUACAUUUAUGUGCUUUUGGAGCUUCAAAGUACUGGUCACCAUUCACUUGCAUUGUUUGGACCUUCAGAGCUUAAAUAUUCUUCUUAAAACCUUUGUUUGUGUUCAGCAGAAAGAACGAAAGUCAUACACAUCUGGGACUGCAAGAGGGUGAGUCGGUAAUGAGAGAAUAUUCAUUUUUGGGUGAACUGUCCCUUUAACAGCAAACAAACUCAUGAAAUUGGACUUGGAUUCCACAUCAGAUUUGGGUCAGCGAAAGAAUUACAUAACUUAGUCGUUUGUUGACUGAACGGCAUAAAAUGUAUGAAAUUGAAAUUUUACAAACCUGUUUGACAUCAUGUUGGAUUUGAAAUCAUAUAAUUGUCAAUGUGUUUCACAGUGUGUGAACGGUCUGAUCAGAUUUGUAUUCAGGACAUGUUUAACGUCAUACAAAAUGUACAGCAGUUUCUAUAGCUGUGAUUGAAUUCACUUUUGUCUUGAUGCCUUAAUGUAUGUUAAUGCACAGGACCCCCAAAAAUGUGAUAUUACAGUUUUCCAAGAUGAAUAAGAGACUGUUCCCAUUUUGUAACACAGUAGAAUGUAAUUGUCUUCAAAAUGUUGUAAAAUUAAGCUUUAUUAUGAUUAUAAGCUUUUCGUGAUCUUUGAUUUAGAAAAAACAAAUGUGUACAUAGAAUCAAAUUUGUAUAUUAGAAGUGCAUUUUGUGUGUGUAUGUGUGUGUGUAUAUAUAUUUACAUUUUAACUUAGAAAAAUAAACUGACACAAGGUAACUCAAAAUCUGUACGUCUGAUUGAGGUACACGUACAGUAUCUCUGUUUAUUUGUGAUUGUUAUAAAAGUGUGUAAUUAAUUACAGAAUUUGAAAAUAAAUCCAGUUGAAGUUCCCCACAGCUCUGUUCAUACAUGUGGUGACAACAUCUGACACUGUAUUUACUACCCAUGACUUAAAGGCAAGAGGACCUUGUCAGUACAGGGACAAACCAAGGUUAAGUUUACCUUGUGACACAUUUAUAGGGUUUAUAUUUUGUUUUGUUUUUCAUUGUGCAUGAAAGAUUUGUUUGUAAUAUAGAAACUAACAUUAUAAUACAUUUUCUUAACCUUCUUCCCAAUCUUAUUUACAUGGGAUCAGGGAGAUAAUAGCAUCUGGACAUUCAUUUCAGUAAGUAGGCCUAUACUUUGUAGAAAAAUGUAUAAGUUAAAUAUGCUAAAUGUAUUGCACAAAUAUAUAUAUAUACACACACACGCACACACACAGUGUAAGUUUAAAUCAGGAAGACAUAAGCGCUUAUUAACAUACAAUUGUCUUCAAAUAAAACAAAAAGUACAAAAGACACAAACUGCGCACACACACACACACACACACACUCAAAAAAAUAAU